AUGUCGCAAAAUUCUCCAGAAACAUUCAACUUGCAGAGCAUAACCGAACUAGAAACGCAAUAUCAACAGACUCGUACAGCAUUCAGAUUUUUCCUCAACGGUUCGCAGAAUCAUAGCAAGUUUUUAGUAGAUGCGGACAAACUAGCGUCUUCCUUCAAUGAUCUGUUGGAGUAUCAUAAAAUUCUCGGAAAAAACUAUUGCGAAGUAUUAUCUAUUGAGAAGCUUGUAACGGCAUUGGUUACUUCAGAGGGUAAUGCAGAGAAUGAAGAUAAUAUUACAGAAGAUCAGCAUUUAAAAACUUCACAAGAAGCACAACAGCCGAGCCUUGUUGAAGAAAUUAAAACGUUACAGCAACGAUUUACGAAAAUUACAGAUAAUAUUGUUGAACUGAAGCAACAGAUAGAUCAGAAAUUACCCGGUUUGCUUGCAACUUAUGAAGAUAUGAAUAAAAUCAGAACAGAAAUCGAUUCAAUAAAUACAAAAGCGAAAUCCUUCAAUAUUGAGGAUGGUAUGACCAUAGAUAAAGCCAAGCAGAAGCUUUAUGAGCAGCAAAUGCAAAUUACAGAAUUAUCAAAAGCAUUGGCAAAUAAAAAAGAUAUAAUUGCUAAUAACCAGUUGAAUCUCGAAGAUUUGGAAGACGAGGUGGAAACUUUGAAAGAUGAGGUUCGUCAAUUAAGAGUGAAAGCUAUAUCAGCAACCAAGGAUAACCUGGGAAGGGAUAAGUCUAUUGAAGAAAGAUAUACCAUAUAUGAGGAAUCAUUACGAGAAGUUGGGAAAAUCUUGGGUGUACAUAAGGUUGAAGUUGAAGUUGGGGCUGCAGAUCUUAUAAAGGUUACUGUCAUGGACUCAUUAGCGAAGGGAGCAGUUUUAACUAUAAAACUGGAAAACGAUCAAAUACAAGAUGCUCAUUUGACAGGUGUCAAUCAAUUUUCGAUUGCGGAAUCCUUAAUGAAACGGGCUAAAAAUAAGUACAGGCAUAACAGAAAUCUAUCCUUCUUUGUUAUUGAAGUAUUAGCACAGCUGAAAAAGUGCAAAAAACAAAAACAGCAAUUAGAAUCGUUUGAUAGCUCUUCUAGUAUGGACGAAGACUAG